CUUCUACCGCGCCUCCUUCAGCGGCCGCCGCCUCGCCUGGCUGCACCACCUCUGCACGGGAGAACUGAGGACCAGAUACACGCCUCGCCCCUACCACCUCAGCGCCAGCACUCCGCAGGUAUCUUCUACCGCGCCUCCUUCAGCGGCCGCCGCCUCGCCUGGCUGCACCACCUCUGCACGGGAGAACUGAGGACCAGAUACACGCCUCGCCCCUACCACCUCAGCGCCAGCACUCCGCAGUGCGCCCUCCUACUAUGUUUCGAGACGGUGGACUCUCUGGCAGCCAAAGAGCUGAGAGCCAGACUCCAGCUGACGGGAGACGCGUGGACCAGACAGCUGAGGCCUCUUCUAGACGCCGGCCUGCUGCUAGCACAGGGUGACGUGGAAAACGAGGCGGAGGGUGAAACUGAAUCUUCGACCGUGGAAGACGAGGGGGAGGGGUCGGCGACGCGCGGGGAGGGCGUGCUCACGCUCAACCUGAGCCUCAGCUCCAAGCGGACCAAGAUACGGCUUACCACCGCCGCCACGCACCAGGGUACAACCGCUACGGGAACCAGCAGUAACACGAACAACCCGGAUUCGGCCGAGUCUACGCAUUGCGACGACGACCGGAAAAUGUACCUGCAGGCCGCGCUAGUACGCGUCAUGAAACAGAGAAAGGUACUCCGCCACAACGAGCUGAUACAAGAAGUGGUGUCACAAGCGCGUGGCUCCUUCGCGCCCUCCGUCGCAAUGAUCAAGAAGUGUAUCGAGGCCCUUAUAGAUAAGCAGUACUUGGAGCGCGCGCCGGGACGUCUUGAUACUUACAGUUAUCUAGCUUAGAUCUAACCUAGGUCUUUAGACUACCUAGAUUGUGUCUCGUUCGUACUCUUUUUCUCGCGUUGUUCCUGGCAUUUUGCCA